AUGGCAGUGAAAUUCAAGGUCACAGAUACGAAGACUGUUCUCUUACAAUUACUCGUAUGUUUGAUGACCUUCUAUGCUGUCUAUUACAUCACCAGCAGCAUAUCCUUUGGAGCUUUCAGGCUUCAAACAUAUGAUUAUCUGAUACCAUUCGACUUCAAAACAGAACCAUCAUGCCCAAGCUCAAAAUACAUGGCCAACCUGGUCUCAAUGGAGAUGACCUACUUUGUCUGUGGGUUGCUGUUUGCUGUUGUGGUUAAAGAGUGGGUAUGGGAUUAUGCCAUUACAGUUACUCUUAUUCACAUUGCAGUCACCUCAACAGGCACAGUGGACACCUGCAAACUCAAUAUUAGUCCCCAGGUGAUGGGCUUUAAUGUGCAGAAUCACAUUUCUAAGAUCAGUAAACACCUAAACAUAGCUAUACCUUGUCUUGUGCUCAUUCGAUAUUACAAGCUUAUUUAUGAACAUGACACCGAAGGAAACCAUCGACAUUUGUGCCGCGUGGUUAUAUCAUGA